AUGGCCUCCUCCGCCUCCGUCUCCGGCGCCCACCACCGCGUCCUCCUCCCCUGCUCCCCGCGCCGCCUCCCCCGCCCCCGCCCGCGCACGCGCGCGUGGCCCCGCUCCGGCCGCCUCCGCCUCGUCGCCUGCCACGCGGACACCCUCCUCCCGUCCUCCUCCACCCACGCGCCCGCCGCGUGCCCCUCCACCGCCUCCGCCAACGGGUUCUCCGACUGGCUGAGGGAGCACGGGCUGCCGCCGGGCAAGGUCGCCAUCCUUGACCGCCCCGUCCCGUGCUUCCGGGAGGGCAAGGACCUGCCGCUGCACUACGUCGCCGCUGGCCAGGAUCUCGAGGCGGGGGAUGUGGCGUUCGAGGUGCCCAUGUCGCUCGUCGUUACGCUGGAGAGGGUGCUCGGCGACGAGUCCGUCGCUGAAUUGCUAACGACAAACAAAUUAUCUGAGCUGGCAUGCUUGGCUUUGUAUCUCAUGUAUGAGAAAAAGCAAGGAAAAGAUUCAUUUUGGUAUCCUUACAUUAAGGAGCUUGAUCGGCAGCGAGGAAGGGGGCAACUAGCUGUAGAAUCUCCUCUCUUGUGGACCGAAAACGAACUGAACUACCUGAAGGGCAGCCCCAUCAGGGAUGAAGUUUUUGCAAGAGAUGAGGGAAUAAGGAGAGAGUAUAAUGAGCUUGAUACAUUGUGGUUCAUGGCAGGUUCAUUGUUUCAGCAAUAUCCGUUUGACAUACCUACCGAGGCUUUUCCAUUUGAGAUCUUCAAGCAGGCUUUUGUUGCAGUACAGUCUUGUGUGGUCCAUUUGCAGAAAGUUAGUUUAGCUCGAAGAUUUGCACUAGUUCCAUUGGGUCCACCACUCUUGACAUACAAGAGCAACUGCAAAGCUAUGCUGACAGCUGGUGGUGAUUCUGUUCGGUUGGUUGUGGAUCGACCAUACAAAUCAGGAGAACCAAUAAUCGUUUGGUGUGGGCCACAGCCAAACUCUAGACUGCUCCUCAACUACGGAUUUGUUGACGAAGACAAUCCAUAUGAUCGCGUAGUAAUUGAGGCAUCCCUAAACACAGAAGAUCCUCAAUUCCAAGAGAAAAGAAUGGUUGCUCAAAGAAAUGGAAAACUGGCUAUCCAAAAUUUCCACGUCUGUGUAGGUAAAGAGAAGGAAACAAUUGCAGAAAUGCUGCCCUAUUUGAGGCUAGGAUAUAUUUCAGAUCCAGAUGAAAUGCAAGCCAUACUUUCUUCCGAAGGUGAUACAUGUCCAGUCAGUCCAUGCACAGAACGAGCAGUACUUGACCAACUUGUUGGAUACUUGGAAUCACGAUUGGCUGGCUAUCCAACAACUUUGGAUGAGGAUGAAGCUAUGUUGGAAGAUGGCAAUUUGGAACCAAAAAAGGAAGUUGCCACUAGGCUUGUAAGAUCGGAGAAGAAAUUGUUGCAUAGUUGUCUCCAGGCUGCUAAUGAUUUAAUAAAUAAUUUGCCUGACCACACUGUGUCACCUUGCCCUGCUCCAUUUGCUCCUGAACUGAAAUAAGUAAUCACACAAUGAGCAUCAGUCCUUGCAACAUGGAUGCCAGUUCAAGCAGCGUUCUCCUUAAUGAUCACAUCCAGUUGAAGUACAUCUGUAGAAGGGUGUACCGCGUGGUUUUAGCCAAAAUCCGCCACUGGUUGAACCGAGGAAAUCUGAAGUCUGGCUGAUGGGUGUCCGCAUGUAGAUUUGGCAAUUAGUUGCAUUGCACAUAAGUGUGCACGGAUGUUUUGUUAACCUAGUGGCUGUUAUAUUCACUGAGUAGUUUCUGUACAUUUUGAUGAUUGGGAGAUAGGAACACCAAUGAUGUACAUGUUCGGUCUCAUUGUUGAGAGAGAUUUUGGGAGCCGUCAUGAUUUCUGCAAUUCUCUUUUUCAUGAGCUUCUGAUUUUAGCUAGCUCAUUCUGACUACAUGGCAGCAGAGAAUUGUAUAAAGCAGCUUACACAGGAAUUGCUAUGGAUUUGGAAUAUUUCAUCCA